CUUGGCGCCUUCGUCAAAUGCAGUGAGCGUCGGUGUACGUAAAAUGGCGGACGGUGACAUUGAUUUGUACGCCGACGAUCUCGAGCAAGAUUUCGCGCAGGUAAUUCGAUUUUCUCAUUGUUAAUAAACAAAUACGCGGUUGCCACGCGUAAUCGUUAAUCGUCUGCUCGCGCGAAAAAUACUUUCAACUGUGAGAAAAACGCGAAAUCAGAGCGGCCUAUCCGGCGUCAUGGAGGUGAGACAGUAACGAUUGUUCGUAAGCGGUGUGUCCAUAAGUAAGAUCUCGUUCAGCCGGGACGUUGGUUUCGAUUCGCGUUUCUGUCGCCACGGCGGGUAGCUGUUCAGUUUGAUCAUCAACGAAUACUAUCCGACAUUUCGUUCUGCAAUUAUUAGUGGUCGUGCGCGUAACUCGACUUGGAAAACUAAACCGAAUACGUGUUAAUAUACAGAUACACAGCGAGCAAAGCAAAAUGGUGUUAGCGGAUGAAUUUGCUGGUGAUGGCGUUGAUUUAUAUGAUGAUGUGAUAGCAGCUCCUGCUGGUGGUAAUGGUGGUGUUUCCACAGGCAAUAGUGGAGACGGUGGAGGUGAUACCACUUCACCAAAUGAAGAAACAAAUGGCAGUGCUCCUUACCAUCAACUCGGGAAUAACAUUCAACCAAACCAAAUUGGAAGACGUCAUCAACUAUAUGUUGGCAAUUUAACUUGGUGGACAAGUGAUCAAGAUAUAACUGAUGCUGUACAAAGUAUUGGUGUAUCUGAUUUUGUAGAAGUAAAAUUCUUUGAAAAUCGAGCAAAUGGUCAGUCCAAAGGUUUUUGUAUGAUAUCUCUGGGUUCAGAACAAAGCAUGAGGAUAUGUAUGGAAAGAUUGCCCAAAAAAGAGUUACAUGGUCAGAAUCCAGUAGUAACAUUUCCCACCAAACAAGCUUUGAAUCAAUUUGAGUCUCAGUGUAAAACACGUCCAGCUCCAGCUCCUCAGCAGAGCCAAAGUCAACGCCCCCAUAAUCCGCAUCAACAUCAACCACCGAUGCCGCCUCAUCAGCAGCAUCCACAACAUCCCCAACACCCUCAACAUUCUCAACAGAAUCAUGGUCCUAGGAUGAUAAUAGGUCCCCCACAGGGAGUGAGACCACAGAGAAUGCCACCUCCAGGUAUGGGUCCACCAGGUCCGGGUGGACCUGGUCAACAAGGUCCACCGCGUAUGCAUCAUCCACCUAUGGGUCCUGGACCUGGACCGCAUCAUCCUUUACCUGGACAUCCCAACCAGGGUCCACCACCACCUGGGUAUCAACAAGGACCGUGGAACGGUCCAAGACCUAAUGGUCCACCUGGACCUCCAAGGGGUCCAAGUGGACCCGGUGGUCCACCGCAACAAGGACCACCUGGACCAGGUCCUGGUCAACAUCGACCACCUGGAAUGCAAUUUCAUGGUGGUCCACCUGGUCCACCUGGUCAAGGACCCCCACGUGGUCCGCCUGGACAUCCUGGUGGACCUCCAGGUGAUCCGAGAGGUGCUCAGCCACGUCCUGAAUGGAACAGACCACCAGGAAUGCAUCACGGGCCUCAGGGACCACCAGGUUUCCCUCAACAUCAACAUAUGCAAGGCCCGCAACCUGGUCAAGGCCCACCACAGAGAGGACCUCCUCCAGGUUCUAUGGGCGGAAUGUUGCCAGGUCCAGGAGGACCACCACCUGGACACGGAGGACCACCUCAAGGACCACCGCAAGGACCUCCGGGAGGACCAGCACCGCAUGUUAAUCCAGCAUUCUUCCCGCAAGGACCACCUCAUCAGCAUCCAGGACAGCAUCCGCCAGGUCCUCCUGGUCCACCUCAUGGUCCUCCUCAUGGUCCACCGCAUGGACCACCUCAUGGUCCUCCUCAUGGACCUCCACAUGGUCAGCCUCAUGGGCCGCCUCAUGUACCUCCACACGGUUAUGGACCACCCGCAACACAGCCACCUUAUGGUGCACCAGGACCCGAUCAUCGUCCAGAAGGCCCUCCUCCUCUCACAGAGCAAGAAUUCGAAGAAAUAAUGAGUCGAAAUAGAACAGUUUCUUCGUCCGCGAUUGCUCGAGCAGUAUCAGACGCUGCAGCAGGCGAAUACGCGAGCGCCAUAGAAACCUUGGUUACAGCCAUUUCCUUGAUAAAGCAGUCUAAAGUCGCCGCAGACGACAGAUGCAAGAUUCUAAUUAGUUCUCUUCAAGACACUUUACGUGGCGUUGAAACUAAAAGUUAUGGUUCCGCGCGAAGAGAACGAUCACGUUCACGCGACAGAGAACGCAGCCAUAGAAGGAGGCGUGAACGAUCAAGGAGCCGUGACAGAGAGUACAGAGAAAGAAGCAGGGACAGAGACAGAGAGCGUGACAGGGAACGUGAUCGCGAGAGGGAAAGGGAUCGUGAUCGUGACAGGGAGCGUUAUUAUAGUGAACCAUACCCACGGGAGAGAUCACGAAGCAGAGAGAGGGAUCGUGAACGUGAGAGAGAUCGCGAAUAUAGAGAGCGAAGCAGAGAAGAAAGUACGACACGUCAGUCAGCCAGGCCAAGAGUAAAAGAAGAACCGCCAGAGGCGGCUCCCGUCUCGUCUUCCAAGGCGUCUAGGUAUUAUGACGAUCGCUACAGAGAGCGUGAACGAGACAGAGAUCGAGAACGAGAAUCAAGCCGGAGACCAUCGGAGAGAGAACGGGAACCGGAACGUGAACGGGAACGUGAACGAGAAAGAGAUCGUCGCGACGAACGUGGAGACUCUUCGCAUCGUUCGAGACAUUAAAGUUACAUAGUACACGACGAGACAGGGAUUCUCGGGCAGAAAGAAAGAGGAACAUCAACAUAACGGGCACGGUAGCAAGGCAGUGUCGCGUGGGAUAUGUCGUCGUUGACUCCCUUGCAAGUUCGUCGUUUCGUGGAGGCAUCAGGAAGGACAUUCAUCCAAGAAGACAUACCAUAACCAUUAUUCUGUUCUUACCUGAUUCUCGUAUUAUAUCUUAACACUUUCCUGGUCGGCUCGAGUGAUCUUCAGUUAGGAUAUCUUAAGUUAGGACACUUGAAUUUCUAAAACCUGAGAAUUUCAAUCAUUGACUGUUGAACACUUUUAAUAAUCACGUGUUCGAAUCAUGCAUUAUGGCUGUCGGCUCCUCGAGAAGAUAUUUCAAUAGCACAAUGUAUCUGUUGAAUGAUUCUGUUCCCUUUUAGUUUUCAAUUUUUGUGCUGUUGUCGUACCGUUGUCGUGUGAUUCUCCUAUAGAUUUUCUUUGAAAGGAUUCCUGCAGAGCUGGCGGCCUUAUCGAUGCGUCCCUAUGGUUCACGAUUAAUUUUCUGUAUUUGUUCGCAAAGGGAAAAUGUUAAGAUAAUUUAGUGAAAGGUAUCUGAAGCAUAGACAUUCGACUAGGAAAAUGUUAAGACACAUUCUGAAGUAUUUGGAAUCUACGAACUUAACGCGAGUUUUACCAAGUUACCGUAUGGAUUCUUAUGGGAUUCUUAACACACGUAUAUAUAUAUAAUACAUAUAUACAUACAUAUAUAUAUCGGAACGCUGUAGAUUUUUAUGCAUACGUUUCUUUUAAAGUCACUACUUCUCUUUUCUGUCUUUUAACGCAGCGUAUACUAUAUAUAUAUAUAUAUAUACUACACUGAUAAAAGACGCGAAUGGAACGCGUACACACAUGCAUACAUAUAUCUCUAUGUAACGUUUAGAGAGAGUAUCCGUUUAGUUUCGAGAAAUACAAGAGAUGUGUUAUCGAUGAAAUUACACAGAAACAAAGAAUGUGUGACAUAAGAUGACAUGAGGGUGUUUCACGAGGUCGUGUUCAGUUGCGGUUU